UUCCAGGUUUCGGACGACACCGGGAAGAAUCGGAAUAAAUUAGACGUUGGAGCGGAUCGCGGUGACCCGGGGUCAAAAUUAGCCUCUUUGUGCUACGUCCGGUUAGACGCGAGUCGGGCGAGAAUCGAGGCAACGGCAGCACCGAUCAUCAACGCUGAUCAACGAAAAAGCAUGGUUUUGAGAAAGAAAAGAAAAGACUCGCCUUUGAAUCGCCUGAAAAGAUGACUUGCGCAAGAGCGCGCCCGCGAAAUUUCCUCCUACCCCGUUUUUUGUGAUCCCAAGUGAUUUUUUUUCCCCGAGCUCAAGUGAUUUCCGCGUUUCUCGUGUGUUUUCUGAUCAGAGUUUUCUUUUAGUGUGCACCUUGGAUCUUGGAUAGUUUUUGAUUUGUGAAGGUGAAGUUCAAAGUUCCUCAAAAUGGCCGCAGUGAUUGGAAUGCUGAUUGAUGGAUACAGGACGAUUAAUGAUGACUGGAGUGAUCCUCGGUUAAAAGGUUGGCCUCUUUGCGGCCACUUAUGGAUACCAAUAGGAAUCGUCUCACUUUACAACUACUUCGUCCUGAAAUGGGGACCCGAAUUCAUGGAGAAGAGGAAGCCAUUCAACGUUGACAGGAUAAUGAUCGUUUACAAUAUAAUACAAAUUGUGCUUUGCAGUUGGGUCACAAUCGAGGCGUUCAAGAUGAUAGCAUGGAGCGGUGAUUUCAACUGGAUGUGCGAACCUAUAGAUUAUGGUGAUAACCCGAAGACCCGGAGGAUAAUACGGAUGGUAUGGGUCUAUUACAUGCUUAAAAUUCUGGAUCUACUGGACACAGUUUUCAUUAUUCUGCGGAAGAAAUUCAACCAAGCAUCGUUCCUUCAUAUUUACCAUCACUCAGGAAUGGUUGGGCUCGGAUACGUUGGCACCAAUUUCAUAGCAGGGGGCCAUGGAAUGAGUUUAGGUCUGCUCAACAACUUCGUACACGCUGUCAUGUACUCGUACUACCUCCUUUCAGCCUUAAGACCUGAAUACAAGAGGUCGAAUUGGAUGAAGAAAAAAGUCACACAACUGCAAAUGAUUCAGUUCUUCAUGUUGAUACUGCAUUUCAGUUUGCCAUUCUUUCAACCGAACUGCAAUUACCCUCUCUGGAUUUGUUUCAUUAUACUACCCCAGUACUCCUUCAUGCUGGUGCUGUUCGCAGACUUUUACCGAAAAGCUUACGGCAAGAAAGUUGAGCCAGCAAAAACUCAGUAGUUGAUGGGGCUCGUCAAAUAUUCACAAAUAUGUACAGCACAGGUUACCUUCUCGUACUUAAGCUUAAAUAUAAGAGGAAAAUAGUCUCAAUUUCGAUUUUCAUCACGGUUCACAGGUGAAGAUUUGAAUGAAUAUAUAAAUCAGCGGUUAAGAUCGCAUGAGCUUCAGAGAUUUAAAAGAUUUGUUUUUCGUAACUUGAUAGAUAUUCAAAAAAGUUCCAGAAAUAUGUUUUUAUGCUCAAUUAAAGUCUAAAAAAUCAAAUUCACCAAUUUUCCUCUCACUCUGACAUAAUCACAUUUGAUCCGCUAAAAUCGAAGUGAUGAUUGAGAUAAAUAUUUCAAUCCUGAACCAAGUAUCUAGAGAUGCUUUUCCUUAGAAUAAUUUUAGAGUGACUUUUUUAUAGAGAUACUGUAGCUACUAUUAUUCUUGUUUUUACAUAUUAAACAUUGUACAGCUUUAGUUAAAAGUUAAGCUUUAGUGUGUGCAUCUUUGUUUGAAUUUAAGCUUAUUUACUAUUGUUGA